CACUAGUAGUAUGUGCCAAUGGCGACCGCUGAUUGUAGUAAACAAACAGCAUAACACUCAACAGUUAUUCGAAGUAAUGAUUCAAUGAUUAACUUCGGGAGAAUAAUGAUGUACUCGAGAGACUCUUUGGGUCACGAAAGUUUUAUUCAUUUAUAAUCAACAAUAAAAUAUCUGUCAACUGUAUUAUUCACAGAUAAUCCACCCUCGAUCCUCCACUCUCUCACUGGACCGUUGAAUAUUGAUACUUUCUGGUUAGUGAUCAAGAGACAACGAAGGAAAAUGCGAUUUCGAUUCUUGGGAGAUGGCGACUGUCCGGAUUGGCUUCUCGCUGAGAUUAAUGCACUUUCGCGAAUGACGUCCAUCAAAGUCAAGCUCCUGGGUCAAUUGUUGGUGAAAUCAAUCAUCAGUGGAAACGAGCUUGAUGAGGAUAAAGUUAAGAAGCUUACGUAUGAUGCAAAACUGGAGUUUGAGGAUGCUAAGGCAAUAAUAGCCGCACUAGAGUUAAUUUUAAUGUCUUCGGUGAGGUAUGGAGUGAAUGCAACAGACUUGAGCAGUGAGCUUCAACAAUUGGGACUCCCAAGGGAACACAGUGUCGCCAUUGGACGUCUGCAUACCGAUAAUUUUAACAGCAUAUUGGAUUCGCUGACGUCUCAAUCUCUCAGAUCGAGUCAUUUAUCCGCUGGGGAGAUAUUACCCAGUGAUGAGGGCACAUCCAGCUUCAUCAAAAUGUCACUGAAAUUGAAAAAGUUGGAUGGCACUGAAACAAGUACAUCCAUCAACGUACCGAAGAGUCAAGUUCCUGUUCUUCUUGAGGAGAUGAAGAGAGUCAGAGCAACGAUGGAGGACAUGUGAAUGAUUACCCGAUCUCCAAAAAUUCUACUUGAAGGCAAAAAAAGUCCACAUUUUUUUGUACAUGUUUUGUUUAUUUAUCAAUAAAUGAAUAUACAAAGUUUACACAUAAUCAAA